AAUUAUUCGCUUUAUAAUUUAUACACAGAAGAGUCCUCCUGUAUAAAUAAACAACUCUAGUGGCGAGCUUUGAUUUUUCUCUCUAGUUAAUUUCAACUAAAAAACCCUAACAAUUCCCACCAGAUCCAUGGCUUCACGACGAGCCCAACCGCUCCUCCGCCGCCUCUCCGCCCAGCUCACCCCGACCCGAUCCGUCACCUACAUGCCCCGACCCGGCGACGGCGCUCCCCGCACCGUCACCCUCAUCCCCGGCGACGGGAUCGGCCCUCUCGUCACCGGCGCCGUGGAGCAAGUCAUGGACGCUAUGCACGCCCCCGUCAUCUUCGAGAAAUUCGACUGCCACGGCGACAUGAAGGUGGUCCCACCGCAAGUCAUGGAGUCAAUUAAGAGGAAUAAGGUGUGUUUGAAAGGCGGCUUGAUGACUCCCAUGGGCGGCGGAGUCAGUUCGUUGAAUUUGCAGUUGCGGAAAGAGCUUGAUUUGUAUGCUUCGCUUGUCAAUUGUUUUAAUUUGCCUGGCUUGCCUACGCGCCACGACAAUGUGGAUAUCGUUGUUAUUAGGGAGAACACCGAAGGCGAGUAUGCGGGACUUGAACAUGAAGUUGUUCCCGGUGUUGUCGAGAGCCUUAAGGUGAUAACAAAGUUCUGUUCGGAACGCAUUGCAAAAUAUGCCUUUGAGUAUGCUUACCUCAACAACAGAAGGAUGGUGACAGCAGUGCACAAAGCAAACAUCAUGAAGCUUGCAGAUGGUCUUUUCUUAGAAUCCUGCCGAGAGGUUGCAAGCAAGUAUCCAGGUAUCAAGUACAAUGAAAUCAUUGUUGACAACUGCUGCAUGCAACUGGUUUCGAAACCCGAGCAAUUUGAUGUUAUGGUCACUCCUAAUCUUUACGGUAAUCUAGUGGCGAAUACAGCUGCCGGUAUAGCUGGGGGCACUGGUGUCAUGCCUGGAGGUAAUGUGGGGGCUGAUCAUGCUAUAUUUGAGCAAGGCGCAUCAGCAGGAAACGUUGGAAAAACUGAGUUGGUAGAGCAAAAGAAAGCAAAUCCAGUGGCUUUGCUUCUAUCCUCGGCCAUGAUGUUGAGACAUUUGCAGUUUCCUUCAUUUGCUGAUCGACUGGAGACUGCAGUGGAGAGUGUAAUUUUAGAGGGAAAAUACAGGACGAAAGAUCUAGGAGGGAGCAGCACCACACAAGAAGUUGUUGAUGCUGUUAUAGCAAAGCUGGACUGAAGUUUGAAACAUCUCCUAAUUAUCGACAUAUCGUAAAUGAUGUCAUUUUAAUGGCUUUUUUUCCUAUAUAUAUUCAUUUUCUUUCAUAUACAACAUCUCAGAACAGAGAAGAGUUUUUGCAGGAAAACAUCGAAGUUGUAUUGAAAUAUCAAGGUUUUGAAUAAUUACGGGCUUCAAUUGAAAUUGUACAAGACUAAUUUGAAUACGUGUGCACCAGCUCUAACAAUUUAGCUGGAUCAGUUGUAGCGAUGAUGAGAAUACUACGCUUGAGUUUAUUCAAUUACCUCUCAAGGUACAUAGAAACAUCAUUCCCUUAUUUUGUGAUUGGGGAUGCAAGUGCUUUGCACCUUAAAAUUGUUGCAUGUUCGGAUAGGUAUUGUUAUAAUGUUAUGUCAACAAUUUGGUCAGAAUGUACAAUUUUUUUACUUUGUUA